AAACCAAAAUUGGCUGCAAUCUGAUCCCCCUCACACACACACACAUACACACACACUCACGUAUUUUGGUCAGAUGAGGAGUUGGAGGCGAAAGAAAGGGGAUCUAUAUUAUUUGCAUUAAAAGCCUUGCACCGUGAAAUUCAUGUAUAAUUACAAAAAAAAGGGGCUGGUGGAGAAAAUGUGUGUGUGCAUGUGUGUGUGUGCGUGUGUUAUGCAAAUGGGGAACAUGUGUGGAGCCAAUCAUGCUCAGAAUUGGUUAUUUUGUGAUAUGCUAACACGGAAUAUAUGGUGACAGAUUGCAAUUAUCCCGUUAUUGUAAUUGUCAAAGUCAAUUCAGUGCAGGCUGACUGCAUCGGACUACCGUGGAGGGAAGCAGUGCUUAUGCUGAGCCCUUUAAUACGCUCGGAAAUUAGAUAAAUACCCCAUUUCCGCAAAUAGUGGCCGGGGGCAUUUAUUUACUUAACUGCAGAUGAGGGCUGGCAUCAAUUAGAGGGGGUGGCCUUUAUUUGUAAAAACAUUUUUUUUUAAUAUUAAAGUGAUCCCUUUGAGAUUCACUGGGUUGAAAUUUGAUUCUUCAAGUUAUAUUUGAUUCUAUAUUGAUUUAAAUACUUGUUGGUUGUAGUAUUUUUUUUAAAGACUAUUAUUGGGGUAACACCCCUUAAAACUGCUGGCUUUAAAUAAUAACCCAAAAUGGGAUUACAUUUUUAUUUCAUUUUUUUAAAUCCAAUAUGGGUUAAAAAUAACCCGAUUAGAAAUAUUAUUUUCAACCCACCAGGUAUAAUCUAUGUUGGGUUGUUUUUAACAUUAAAAUUGCUAAAUUGAAAACAAGCAAACAUAGUUUUAAAAAAUCAUUAUCAAACUAAAAAACUAGAUUAUACAUAUCAGUCAACUUUGGUUUUAACAUGCUUAAAAAUGCUCAUUUGGGGAAAAUAAAUUCUAAUGGGGAAAAGGCAGGCAUCUAUUUGAGAUGUUUGAAUGGAUGACGUGCCCAGUGACUAAUUUGACAAAACAUGGAAAAGCCAAUGUGAUCAAAUUUAAUUGCUUAUGUCAAAUGAACAUAUGUGAAGCAGUUAUGCCAACACCUGGUGAGAUCGGGCGCGUUUUUAAUUCCCGAUUAAGGAAACAUUCUGCUCAUCACUCCCAAUAAAGUCAACAAGCACAGGUUGAUUUGCACGCUGAAAACCAAAUCUUCCCCCUGCAAGUAGUAAUGUGAAAAUUGUGUAAGUUACAACUGGCAUGAAGACAAAUACAGGCAAUAUUGCAUAUACAACUUUUUCCAGCAUCCAUCCAUCCAUACGUUUCGUAUUGUUUUUUUUCGUUUAUUCAAUUUAUGUUUUCAAUUAUGUUUAUUUCCAGUAACUAUUGUCCUUCUAUUCAUUUGUCUCUACUGCCCCGCUGUGUUGGAAGAGUGCAGUGCAGGAUCCAGGUAACCAGCCACUCUAAUGAGGACAAGUGCUAUAAAAAAAUAAAUAGUUCAAUGAACAUUCCAAAUCCUUCCACAGUUUGUUUGAGCCAACUUGGCAACGAUGCAACCAUGGCCUCACGCAUGAUGUCCUGCGUAGGUCACAGCAAUUACAAAAGGAGUCCAAUCGUAUGAUUUACGUGUCAUCCUCUUGAUAAUCGUGGGGUGCUGCCAUGAUGUGACGUGAUGUGUUGCUUUGUAAUGCUGUCCAAUUUUCUUUCUGACUCGCCACUGACAUCUAUUUGAAGAAAAACAAAACGGAGGGCAUUUGCCGACCGAAAGUUAGUUAGUGAGUUAGCGAGUGAGUUAGUGAGUAAGUGAGUUAGUUAGUUAGUUAGUGUGUUUGUUUGUUUGUUUGUUUGUUUGUUCGUUGGUUAAUUAGUUAAUUAAUAAUUGUGUGUGCUAUGUGAGGAAUUAAUAAUAAUAAUAAUAAUAAUAAUAAUAAUAAUAAUAAUAAUAAUAGUAUAAUAAUAAGAAAUUAAUUGAUCGCCGCCAUGUUGCGCAGGUAAUGGCACACCUGACAAUAAUUAGCCGUUAACGCCAGUCACCUGCCGCCUUCGCCACUCCGUGUCUUCUCCACGGGUAAUGGCGCAGCCCCGCCGAGUGCAGCUCACCCCUUUGCCCACAGACGUCCAGUCCUGUGCAAUGAAUGGAGCCGUCCUCACUCCGAAGUCGCAACCCGAACCCGGUGGUGCCUCCCCGCUCGCAGCGCACUGCGGGUCGGGUGUUAUUCGCCUCGUCGUCUCGUUGUUUGAGCCGGAUGAGCGAAGCUUUGCCGAGUUUAGUUACACUCAGCUGCUGGAAAACAAGGUAAACUUUUAAAAUUAGUUAACUUUGUUCUAUUGUAAAGAAUUAGUUUGUGUGCUUUUUUUUCUUUUAAUCAUUAUCAACAGGGAUUCUUGUGAAUUGGAUGUGAUUCAAUAAUAAAAAUUUCGGUGCACAUUGUUAUUAAAAUAUAAGUGGAUUAAGUAAAUCCUAUUGCGUGUUUGGUGUGGGGGGGGCGUAUCUGUUUGUUAUAAAACUGAAGGGUUUUUCUUUUCAACUAAUAUGAGUUGAGAUAGUAAAAGUUGUCAAUUAUCAAAGUGAUAACCAUUUUCUAGUGCCACAACGUAAAUGAUGAAGUCGAGACCACGUCCAGAUGUGAAGUGGGGGACCAGAGCGAGAAGCAGCAUAUGGCUUCUUCACUUAUGAGGAACUUGGAGAAGAAAUAUGCGAGUAGCUGUUAUCUCCUCUUUUGUCAUUGUCGUCCUUCCAAGAAGUCUUUUGAGCUGACGUGGACAUGCAAAAAAAUGUUGGUCCUCAUUGCAGACGGUCAAGAAAAAGCGGGAUCGCGUUCAGGACUUGAUCGAUAUCGGUUAUGGUUACGACGAUGAAGAUUCCUUCAUCGACAACUCGGAGGCUUAUGACGAGUUUGUGCCGUCCUCCAUCACCACCAAAUUUGGAGGAUUCUACGUCAACUCUGGCGUGUUGCACUUCCGCCAGAUUUCUGACACUGAAACGGACGAUGGGACCACAGGAGAGAUCACACCAGAGACCACCAAGAAACGUGAACUUAAAGAUGGACAAGAAAUGCCAAAGAAGAAAAGGCGUCGAAACGUUGUACCAGAUAAAAAUGGCGCCGACGGGAAUUCCAGCAUCAGACGAGCUGAUGAAGAAAAAGAAGAAAAAGCUUUCCGGAACUCUGAGCGUCACCAGCAUGCUGAAGAAGUUCCGUCGAGAAAAGGAGCUUGAGCGGAAGAAAAUGGAGAGAACUCAUCAGCGCAUGGCGAGGACGCCGCUAACUCCCGUGACAGCACAGUGCCCAGCUGAUACAGGCGGCGGCGGCUCUGGAUUGGCCGACCCGUUGCUCAGCUUGAUCGGAUCCACAGAUGAGCAGGCACUUCUCCAGGCGGCCAGCACGGUGGAAUUUGACAUCGACCUGGACUGUUUGUUGGAUGUCGGCGACGAGAUAGCAACGCCUUUAAUGGAGCCGCCCUCUCCAGAGCAGCAAAGAGCAGAACAUCGCCACCUGCCUGAAGCUUCCUAUGAUGCAACACUGUCUCCAAGUAGAAAGAUGACCCAACAACAAAAACCUCCUCCAGAGGUUGCAUCCUCAUAUCAGUGCGUCACCCUGCCCGAGGGACUCCCACCUGCCCUGGAGGACAGCAUCAAGAAACUGAUGCUGGCAGCCAAGACUUCGGAGGGAGAGUCCAAACUCAAGUUCUUCACCCCGGAAAUCAACGCCGUGCUGCUGGAUAUUGAGCGCGAGUGUCGCGAGCACGGCGGCCAGUUGCGCUCCCGGGUGUACACGCACUUGUCGUUCUUCCUGCCCUGUAGCAAGGAGACGCUCCUCAAACGUGUCAAGAAACUCAAGCUUGCAGAAGGCUUUUCAAACGUGGAGGAUCCCAUGCAGAAGCUGAAGGAUGCCAUCGCCAGAGCCAUGCCCGAGCAGAUUACGCGUUUCAAACAACAUUGUCAAGAAUAUGAGCAAGUCAAAACCCUGAGGACAAUGGAGGACGGGAGUGACGUCAGGCAAGGUGGACAAGGCAACAAUUUGGAAGAGAAGGGGACAAAAAGAGGAGGCGGCCCAAAGAAGCUUUUCGAAUGGAACGAGGAGAUCAGGGAAGUUCUGCAUCAUGUCCUGAGGGAAAAACUUUCAGUAUUUCAAAACCAAAGUGACGGGAGGGAACAGCGGGAAGAGUACCUCAAGACCCUCUUGGUCAAGGAUGUCAAACCUCUCUGGCCCAAAGGCUGGAUGCAAUCCAGGUAUACGAUGAGUGCCGCCGCUUUCUUACUUUUAUCAUCAUUGUUGCAUUUAAAGCAUGCCUGUGCCUUCAGGGUGCUGCUGAGUGAGAGUAGGAAGAUAUUAGGCCUCCAGCUAAUGUUUCCAAAGAGGUCCAGAUCAGAAAAGAAGCAGCUGUCAAUCACUGCGCCGUCAGUUUCUGAUCAAAAUACAAGACCGCUACCACUUAAACUAGAACUUCCUUAUGAGGCAAAUUCAGUAGUCGAACAAAAUUCAAGCGCGUCCCGCGUGACGACUGAAGAUACCGAAGUGAUCGUCCUGGAUUCGGACUCGUCACCAACGCCCAAUGAUGACCUGUCAGCGAUUCUCUGUGAGCAGGCUCCGGUUCACAUGGGCUCGCAGGCUUCCCCCAAUGAGCUCUUUGCGGCCGCUAUCACCAAAUACAAAAGUUCCCUUCAGUACUGGAACUUGAGUGUGGCAAACGGCACCCCCCCGCUUCCACCGCCACCUCCUCAAUGCAGCCCAGUUAACUUUCCCGAAGGAGGCCUGUCUCACGCGGCCCUGCCAAAACUGCAAGAUUUAUUAGGUACCCCGACAGAUUUGGGGCCAGAUCUACAGAGAGGCUCAGAUGUCAUUGUAUGAACUCUCCCAUGUCUUGCUUGAUAAAAUGAGUGUUUCCAUGGUGGUGGUCACUAGCAGCAGUCACAACUCAAAAACAUUUGAAAGCCUUUUUUGGUAAAUGCUUGAUUUUUUUGUUUUGUUUUGUUAGUACAAAUAAAGAUUUCACAUUGUUUCCACAGAA